CCGGGAGUCGGAGACCCGGUCCUUUAAGACGAGUCUGAGCCCGGACCGUCUUGGUUUCGCGCGCCCGCCCGCGGCGCCGGUGAGAAAACAUGGCCCUGGCUGCGCGGGCGCUGUGGCCCGGCGGGCGCGCUCUGGCCUGGGGGCUGGGCCGUCGCCCCCCGCCCGGACUUCUUGUGCAGGGCCAGGCCAGCUUCGCUGGGGCGGCGGGAGGCCCGGGCCCCGCCGCCACCGCCCGCAAGGGGAGCCCGCGGCUUCUGGGGGCGGCGGCGCUGGCCCUGGGGGGCGCCCUGGGGCUGUACCACACGGCGCGGUGGCACCUGCGCGCCCAGGACCUCCGCGCCGAACUCUCGGCCGUGCAGCUCUCCCUGUCCGGCCGCUUGCAGCUGACCCUGUACCAGUACAAAACGUGUCCCUUCUGCAGCAAGGUCCGCGCCUUCCUCGACUUCCAUGCCCUGCCCUACCAGGUGGUGGAGGUGAACCCCGUGCGCAAGGCCGAGAUCAAGUUCUCCUCCUACAGGAAGGUGCCCAUCCUGCUGGCACAGGAGGGAGACAACUUGCAACAACUGAAUGACUCCUCGGUCAUCAUUAGUGCCCUCAAGACCCACCUGGUGUCAGGGCAGUCCCUGGAAGACAUCAUCACCUACUAUCCGCCCAUGAAGGCCAUGAAUGACCAGGGCAAGGAGGUGACUGAGUUCUGCAACAAGUACUGGCUCAUGCUGGAUGAGAAGGAGGCGCAGCGGAUGUAUGGAGGGAAGGAGGCGAGGACGGAGGAGAUGAAGUGGCGGCAGUGGGCGGAUGACUGGCUGGUGCACCUGAUCUCCCCCAACGUGUACCGCACACCCGCCGAGGCGCUGGCCUCCUUCGACUACAUCGUCAGGGAGGGCAAGUUCGGGGUCGUGGAGGGCGCCCUGGCCAAGUACAUGGGCGCAGCUGCCAUGUACGUCAUCAGCAAGCGGCUCAAGAGGAGGCACCACCUCCAGGACGAUGUGCGUGAGGACCUCUAUGAGGCCGCCAACAAGUGGGUGGCAGCUGUGGGCAAAGACCGGCCCUUCAUGGGGGGCCAGAAGCCGAACCUGGCUGAUCUGGCAGUGUACGGCGUGCUGCGUGUGAUGGAGGGCCUGGAGGCCUUCGACGACCUCAUGCGUCACACCCGCAUCCAGCCCUGGUACCUGCGGGUGGAGAAGGCCAUCGCUGAGGCCCCGCGGUGAACGGAGCGUCCCAGGGCGGGGAGGAUGGGGAGGCAGCGGAAGACGCAGGCUGCCUGGGACCAGGGCCGCUGGACCAGCACCUGGCAAUCCUGUGCAGUGGGCACAGGAUCCUUCUGCCUCUUGCCCACCCUCACCCCCCCAGCCCUCUCCCUUCUGACACUGGACGCCUGCUGGGGCCCUGGGACGUUGGGGGACAAAGCCCAGGAUUUCCGUUCACAGCCCCUCUGAGGGCACAAAGGGGUCACACACACUACCCCC